UAUAGAGUGGUGGAGUUAGGUUCAAAUUGCGCCGGGAAGUGGCCGAGAUUAGAGCCACGGCGGGCCGCGGACGUAAGCCCACUUAAGACUGUUUUUAAUACUAGUAUUUUUUACGCGAUCCCGACAGGAUUUAGCGGAUAAGCGACGUCGCCGCGAUCGCGUGCUUUGAUUUAUCGGUUUCGGAUUCGGAUUGUUUCUGUGUUUACGUUGUGGUUGUCGCGUGGACGCGCUAAGCCGGCCCGCGCUCGUGUCACCCGCGCUCCGCGUGACUCGCCGGCGCUUCACCGAACAUUCCUACACACUGCUGUAGCCGGUCUUACAGCCAACUGUCCAUGCGCCUCGCGUGAUCGCACCAAAACUACCAGGAGCGCAUAGCUUCUAGCAGUUCGGCAAUCCGCCCGCGUCGUCGCCAGCCGGCACCAUUCAUCUCCGGGUGUACAAGGAGGCGCUGGCGGCGGGCAUGGAGCCGCUGGGCGAGGGCAUGUGUCUGUCCGAGUUGGAGCUGCACGGGGGCCACCUUCACGAGUCGGUGGCCGCGUCCGUGGGCUCCGCCAUCUCCAGCCUGAUGGCGCCGCUUCACCACGAGCCGCAGCAUGCACCUCUUCACUCGCAUGCGCCCCCGCUACAUCACGAGCCGCUCGAGAAACUCAAAUUGUGGGCAGAGACGGGCGAGUUCCGCGACAGCGGGCACUCCUCGCUGGCGUCGGGCGGCUCCGGCGUGGAGCAGUCGCUGUACGCGCCGCCGCGGCAGCGACGCGACCGCAAGCAUACCGAUGACAACAACCGGCAAAUGUCAUCGGAGCCGACCAUAAAGACAGAAUCAACGACCCCGGGCGUCGGGCCGGACGACCAGCCGAUGGACGAGAAGGGAGACAAGAAGAACAAGCGGCAGCGGCGCCAGCGCACGCACUUCACCAGCCAGCAACUCCAGGAGCUGGAAGCCACGUUUGCGAGGAACCGCUACCCAGACAUGUCUACUCGGGAGGAGAUCGCCAUGUGGACCAAUCUCACGGAGGCGAGAGUUCGGGUAUGGUUCAAAAAUCGGAGAGCCAAAUGGCGGAAACGCGAGCGGAACGCGAUGAACGCGGCCGCCGCCGCCGCCGUCGACUUCAAGAACGGUUUCAGCACGCAGUUCAACGGCCUCAUGCAGCCCUUCCCGGACACGGACGCGCUCUACUCCUCCUACCCCUACAACAACUGGGCGGCCAAGGUGCCGUCGCCGCUCGGCACCAAGAGCUUCCCGUGGCCCGUGAACCCGCUAGGCGGCGUGGUGCCCGCCAGCCACCACCAGAGCUCCGUCAACUGCUUCAACACGGCCACGUCCAUGGGCGGGGUGGGCGGCGUGGGCGGCGGCGGAAUGGGCGGCGUGGGCGGCGGCGCGGGCGCGGCCCCGUGCCCCUACAGCGCGCCGCCGGGCGCGUACGGCAUGUACCACCGCGCGGCCGAGCCCUGCCCCGCCAUGUCGUCCAGCAUCGCGUCGCUGCGGCUCAAGGCCAAGCAGCACUCGUACGGCGGCGGCUACGGCGCGGUGUCGCCCGUGUCGCGCGCGGGCUCGGCGCCGCUGGCCGCGUGCCAGUACGCCGCGGCCGGCAUGGCGGACCGCGUGCUCUGAGACGAGGCCCGCGCGCGCGCCGCGUCGCCGCCGCCGCCGCUGCCGGCCGCGCGCGCCUCCUAGUCCCCCCCCGCCUCGCCCGCCCCGGCCCCCGCCGCGCCCCCGCCGCCCGCGCUGUACCGCCAGCUGUGGGACUGGUUCGACUAGGUGGCGGCGGCGGCGGCGGCGGCGGCGGCGCGGCGGGCGACGCGCAGUCGAGACUUAGUGACCGACGUUACGGACACUUUAUGGAAUUUCAGGCAAUAAAACCUUAACGAUGUUUUAAGUGUAAUGUAACAAGAUGUAAAUAUGUAGCUACGAGUAUGUACGUACGUAUACCAAAGUGAUGUGUGCAAUUUUUAUAAGUUUAGUAUGGUAUUGUAACUUAUGGUAAUAGAUUAAUUAAGAAUGGAAUUAAUGACAUAAUUAUUAUGAUUUGAAAGUGCGAAUGGUUUAACAGAAUUUAUGUUGAAUAUAGCUUUACAAUCUAUUAUGUACUUUGCCAAAUUCAAUCUAUUUAUAUAUUCCAACCUAAAAUAACUAAAUAUAUCUUUUUGUACAAAUAGAUUCUUAGUGAUGUAAAAAAUAUAAAAUGUUCCUAAAUAUUAAUUAUUAGUACUAAAACAGAACAUCGCUGGCAAUACUCACCCACUAGGGUUUCAUACCUGUUAGUGAAAUGGACCCACAUUGUGCAGAAACUUGGUAAUUUAUUUCAAUGUAAUUUCCGCUUGGAUUCUGCGCCAUUUUGUAAAUAUGUAAAACUGCUAUAAAUAUUUUUAUCGUGCUUUUGUCUUUUAUAAGUUGUAUAAUCCCGGUAAAUUAUCAUUUUGUAAUUUCCAAAAUAAAAUGUCUGUAAAAUAAUUCUUGAUAAAAAUGAUUUUGAGACUCGAGCAUCGAAGUGCCACCGCCUCCUAAUGAGAUUAAACGAAUCCAGAUCUCUAUUUCUUUUGAAAUAAAAAUGUAGUGAAAGUUUUAUUUACAGAAAGUUAAUGUACAUAAUUAUUUUUAUUGACAAAAUAAGCAAGCCUAUCUGUAUUCUAUAAUAAUAAAGAAGUUUCACAAGAUGUAGAUAGUUUUACCGUGCCUACUACCCGUGAUGAAACCUCUCAGAUACCUAUAAGAUUGUAAAUAUUUAACGUAAAAUGUUUGGAAUAAUGGGAUGUGACCUCGAGGUUUUCAUUUAAUACAUAUCAAACAGAAAUAUCUAAAAUGUAGAACAAUUAUCUGUUGAAUUAUUUUGUAAUAAAUCCCGAUUGUUUUGUAACGUAAACAAAACCUCUAGUCAUAAUAAAAAAAUAUCACGGAAUCAUA